UACAGCUAUUGCAAACUGCAAAGAAGAAACGUGUACAAGUUCAACAGAUCAGACCUGCAUCACAUGUGUCGACAAUAACGUGUACUUUAAGUUGACGAAUAAUGCCAGAAGUUGCGACCGCAUGUGUUCGUCUGAUAACCAUUAUUGCUGGCCUGGGUCAUGUAGUGAAAGUUUAGCGUCAAACUGUGAGUGCAGUGCAGGAUUUAGAAAGCACGCAACGGCAAUAGAGACAUUGUGCCAGCCGGAAACCAAACCAGAGAUUCAUAGCUGCCAUACAGUAUUCAUUGGACCCAACGGGGAGAAAAAACGGUUAGCCAGCAAUACGCAGUCUUCGCAUUGCCAGUAUUUGCAGGACACUUUUGGGAAUUUCCAGCCGACAACAAUUACAUUUAAUACGACAUCCGAAUAUACGAUAGAUAUUUCUGCACUGCCUCGGCCACGAUACAUCCAAACGGAACUUUUUGGAGUUACAGACACAUCAGUACUUAUACCAAAGCAAUCAUCCUCAGGUCAGGAGACAGUUAUUGGUUCAUAUCAGAUGAAAACUGACACCACAUCUAGCAGACAGGCAGAGAGGGUGGUUCAUAACGAUGUAGUAUUAUUAGUUGAUGACUCAAAAUACAAUUUGAUAAAUGGAGAUGCUCUCUGUGUCCAAUACAAAGCACAAGGGGGAGGCUACUUCGAAAGCACAAAUCUGUACAAUCCACAAAUUGAAACAGUUACAUAUGAUAAAACGGUAACUACGGAAACGAAAUGCUACAGAUUUGAUAAUGCUCCUCCUGAACAUUGUUCACAAGGCAAUUUCUGCCAAAAUGAACCUUUGCAAACUGAGGUACAGAUUACACGAUCAGGCAUUGUCGAUAUUGCAUUCCAAGGAUGGUCUGAUCCAGUACCAAGUCAGAAAUUUCCGUCCCAGGCCUCUGGCAUUGAACAUUUUGAAGUGAGAAUAAGCGAGGUUAUCCCGGCGGGCGAUCAGUUGAAAGUUGACACUAGCAUUUAUUACGAAGAAAUGGUGCCUUCUUCUUCGACAAAAGACGUCACACUUAACCUAACUACUUCUGCACCUAGACUGUUCUCUGUGCUUUUAGAGGUUAAAGAUAUAGCUGACAACAUACGACAAGCUCGAAGAUUUGUCUUAUCAGAUAGCACUUCGAUUUUAAAAGUAUGGGAAGAUUUUCCGUUUUCCAUUAAUUCAGCCUCAAGGGAGACAGAGUAUACUUGGCAAACCAACUUCGAUAAAGUAUGUCUGACAUGGAAAGAGCAUUUCUACAACGACUUUUAUUUGCACAACCCCUUACCCAGUCCGAUAGAACCGGAUCCACACGGAUUAAUUACAGGCGUAUAUGAGCAUACAGAAGGAAUAUUAUCCGUUCACGGUACACCGAACGUUCAUGGCAUUAUAAAAUAUUUAGUAUCAUGGAGGCUGAAUGAGGGCCCAGUUACUAAGGAAAUUGCGGUUGAAAAUUUUCUCUAUCAAAACUUUUGUCGGGAGUUUGAUCUUAAGGACGGACAGACGUACACGUUUUUCAUCAGUCCAGUAGAUAUUGUUCAAAAUACUCUAACUGAAAAUAGAACGGUUCAUAUUGAUACAUCUCCGCCUCAUAUUGAUGGAAUCGGUCUAAUAAAAGACGGUUACAAAGGGCUUACUAUACACGACGAAAGAGACUUGUCGAAGAUGGAACUUUACUUUGAAGCUCUUGAUCCACAUAGUGGGAUCCGUAAUGUGGAAUGGUGGUUUGGGACAGAGGACACGGGACAAAAUCUUGAUAGUGGGGUGCUAGGUGUUCAACGUAUUGAAGGGGAUUGCGAAGACAAUGCCCAGACAUGUUACUGCCCAGAUGUUGGAAACUGUGAAAAUCAUGCCUACAUCAUACCACUGAAUAAGCUAGUAGUAGCUCACAAGCAUCUUGGUGACCACAAUCGGAACUACUUUUUCCAGUUAAAGGCAACAAACAACGCACGCAUUUCGGCGACUGAAUAUGUUACAAUACUGGUAGAUUACUCACCACCGGAAGUCGGUGUAAUUCAUGAGGGUUCGAUGGAUGGAAAAGAUAUUGACUAUACAAGUGAAGAUACUAUUGCUGUUCAUUGGUAUGGAUUUGUCGAUCAUGAAAGUGGAAUAAAAAUGUAUCGAAUUGGAUUCGCAAAUCGUUGCCUACUUAGGGACGAAUUGUACGAUUAUAAAAACAUAACGGAUAUUAUAGAACACGCAGAAGUUGGUUCCUUAGAAAACAAUGUACGGAUUGCCGUAGACUUUACAGGAAAAAUGUUUGUGUCUAUUAUAGCAUUCAACAAUGCGAUUGACUCUUCCGAUUCAGUUUGUUCUGAUGGUAUAACUCGUGACAUUGAUCCCCCAAAGUUUUAUAAUCUAUCCGUUGAACAUUUGUCUGUACCUGUUGCAUUCCUCUGUCUUGACGAGAAAAUUUGGAUUCUGAACUCAGGUUUGUCUUUAUAUCCCCUUCCAACUGACAAUAUAUGUGGUAUUCGGUGUUCGGUCAGCGACAGCCUAUUGUCUUUUAUUCAUUCUCUUCCUAAAGAGAAAGCUUUCUACACAGAAACCGAAGAAGUGUGUGAUAAGAUAACAAGAUACUCCAAUAACACGAUUCUAUAUCUUCCGAACGAUUACAUAAUACUUAGUUGGGACAUCGAUAGCGGAAGUCAAAUAGAUAAUUUCUAUGUCGGAAUUGGACUCGAUCCAAGCGAGUCCAACAGUCCUCAAUUGAUACCAUAUACAUCCACUGUUGGAAAAACGCACUUCAAACAUCGGCAUGAAGGCUUAAGCUCAGAGGAAAUAUUUUACGUUUUUGUUAAAGCGGUCAGUAAAUCUGCGUUGGAAGAAGUUAUUACGAUAGGCCCAGUGCUUGUUGACUCCACACCACCACUUUAUUUGAGGAAACCAAGUGUACACAUUUUUGCUGACAACAUCAUGAUAAGCUGGGAAGAGAGUACAUUUUAUGAUUUGGAACAAAACGAACAGAUUAAUCGAAUAGAAGACACAUUUGGGUAUAAAGAAAUAAUAAUAAGUAACCGUCUAGUAUGGAACCUGAUGACAAAUAAUUCGUGUGGUAACAACGAUUGUUGCUGUAUAAAGUUUCCUCUGGAAAAGCUACAGAUGAAGGAUACCGACCCUGGUCUAGAAUUCUACGCGACAUUGUACGUGUAUAAUAACGCCGGUCACUUUACAGAAUUAAGCACGGACGUUUUCAAAAUACCGAGUCGCUAUCCACCAGGCCAUGCUAUUAUUUUUGACGUUGAUCCGAACCUAAUGGAAGUAAAUGACGAUAUUGAUGCUCACUUUUCCUCGGGAACUCUUUGUACAUAUUGGACAGGGUUUAAACACCAUGAAAAAAUAAAGUUUGAGGUAGGAAUUGGUUCAACCGACAUGGUAGCUGAUAUCGUGCCUUUUCAGAUACAUAAUGGAACAAUGAUGCCAUUCUGUAUAAAUUCUACAAAUAUCCAUGUUAAUCGAAAGUAUCAUAUUCUAGUAAAAGCCGAAUGUUCAGGUGGAAGUACUGUAUCGGCAUCAGAUGGGGUGUAUAUUUUAGACACAGUUGAAAAUCUGCUAUCACAAAUAAGCGUUUAUCCUGGAUUUGACUGUGCUUCAGAGUCUCCGAUCGAAGAAUUGCAUCUAUUAAUCGUAUCACAAUCAAGCAGCCACGUGAAGUUCGAUACAAAGUUUGAAAUUGGUGGCAUGUUCAGCAUCUUUAUUAGUACCGAUAACGGACCAUUAUCCACUGUUACACUGACUUCAGAUGACGCUAUCAUUCUUCCUGAAUUCAAAGGUAAAGGAAAAUUGUGA